AUGUCGACACGUAAAUUACACCCUGAGGACGGUUGGAUCCGUUCUCAGACUUUGUCAACCGUCAAGAUUAAUUCUAGUGCUCCGCUUGCCAACAUCCUCGACUCCGGCCCACUGCCUCCCACCGUGAGCUCGAAUGUCGAGCAAUCUGCGCGCAAUGUAGGAGGCUACCAUUCAUUGCACCAUGGCGUCUCCCCCACUCAAGAUGCUUCCUCCGCUCUACAGUCCUCACGUCCUGCUACACUGCCUGGUUCGAGGUUCGGUGCCUCGAAUGCAUCGCGUGCAGAAGAGCCUCGUAUGCGAGGAUUAAGGUCAUCUAUCGCUUGCGCCCGCUGCCGUCGAAGCAAAGUCAAGUGUGUGAACAACGGGGUCAAUACCACUUGUAGGGCCUGUGAGACAUCAGGGAGGCAAUGUACAUACCCUCCUCCUGCGACCGGUGGUGUUGCGGCUCGAAGAGAAGCUGCUUUAGGAGUUGCGAGUGCAGACAGUCUUGCUCCAGGCGAUGGAUCACGUCGACCACCACGCUCGAGGAAAGCCGGCAAUAAUCUCUCAGACGGCUAUCCUGCGAAAGAAUCGUCCAAACCAUUUUUGGAUGCUCUUGACCCCUCUAUAAUCACACCACAAACCUGGACAGAGCUCUUCGACAUCUUCCAGUUACAUUAUUCCACAGACCUACCCUUCUUGCAUCCGCCUACGUUCCAGAAACCCCUCAGAAAGUCUGCACUUCAUUCUCCAAUCACAAACAACCCAGAAAAGGCGCCACCUUUGACACCUCCAGCCUCCUCGCUGCUGUUGCUUGCCUUUCUAGCCCUGACCUCCCGAUUCCACUCCACCUUGAUCGUACACCAUUCUUCUUCGAAAAAUCCUUUGGUAGCAGCUGAAUACUAUGCCUCAGCAGCCAAGGAUAAGCUGAGUGGGAUAUAUGGUGAAGAUAUGGGUAAGCCGGAUCUUGAACGUAUCCAAGCACUUCUCAUGCUUGGCCUGCAUGAAUGGAGCAUGUGCCGGGGUGCCAAGGCCUGGAUCAUGAUCGGAGGAGCGGUACGAACAGCUCAGAUACUUGGGCUUCAAUUUGAGCAAGAGUUAGACGAUCAGCCUUUAUCAAGCUCAGUAGCCUUGAAUGUUGAAGCUCAUCACAUCGGCAUUCACCGAGACCGUGGAGGGAUGACAUCCCGAGGAGAAACCUUCACCGAGCAAGAAGUCCGGAGACGAACUUUUUGGAGUUGUUUCAUUAUGGAUCGUUACCUGAGCAGUGGAAAAUAUAGACCACAGAUGCUGGACGUCAAAGACUUAAGGAUUCAGUUACCCAGUAGUGACCGUGCAUUCUUAUUCGGGGAAAAGGUUCGAACUGCUCUACUUGGCGACGAACUCAACCAAGGCAGUUCGCGCUCCGAGGUUCAGAACAAUCGUCAGGCAUCUUUGCAGCGUGUAGAUCGCGGUAGGCAGUCAUUCGACUCGCGUUCAAGUGAUACCGAGAAAGGACGAUGGGAAGUGAAUCAAGACGAAGGAGUCUUGAGUCGCUUCAUCAGGAUCCUGGACCUUCAUGGAAAAGUUGUCAAAUGGUCAUGUGCUGGAGGCCGACGGCAGGAACAACACCCACCUUGGGAUCCUAGAUGUACAUGCUUCGAGCUUCGAAAGCUGCUAACAAAUUUCAAGAAUAGCUUACCUCGCGAUCUUACACUGUCGCCCGCCAACAUCUCAGCCCACAUAACUUCCAGAACAUCAACCCCAUUCACGUUGAUGCACACGCUAUGCACACUGUCCAGUGUGAUUCUACAUCGCGAAUAUGUGCCGUUCAUUCCGAUCCGAUCAGCCAAACCUCAAGGACCUCUUGAUCCUCCAACAUUUCCACCCGAGGAAUAUCAAACGCCGCCCGGAUUUUGGGAAGAAAGCGCCAGGGAGAUUUUCAAAUCAGCUAGGGAGUUUGUUGAUCUGAUUCGGAUGUGUCAAGAGUGGGAGGUAUUGGUUGAAACGCCGAUCAUCGGGUUCGCAGCGUACACAGCAGCAUUUUGUGGUGUAUAUGCAAUCAAUUUCCCCUGGAUGGAUCCAGAAGGAUACAUGUGUAGCAGGAAAACCCAGGCAAUGCCUGGAAAUACGGGCAAAGAAGGUCUAGAAGCAGCCCGUAAAGCGUUGGAAGUUGUCGGCCAGUUGCGGAUGCGGCUCAAGAUGGCAGAUGGAUGGUUCAGAACCAUCAAAAGGUGUCAUCACUACUUUGUCCGUAUGAAGAGGGACUUCAAGAAAAAUUCGCAGGCAUCAGAAACAGGCAGUGCCAAUUCGACAGAAUCUUACAGGCAGCUCAGCCUUCGUGAAGGAAGAGAAGGCGGUGGUCUGGAGGAAUACAAGCUAAUCGAAAAUCUAAUGAAAGAAUUUGGCAGCACAGAUGGCGAGGAAUUGGAACUGAUGGAUGUCGAUAGUGACCAAAGAAACAUAUUCGAGGGGACGAGCGAGAGCAGCGGCGCUAAAAGUGAAACCGAUGGAAACGAUGGUGCUAUACAAAGUGCGUCUAUACGUCAAGAUCGGUGGAAUGCCAUCAACAAUAGCCAAUCACUGGUAUCGAACAGCUAUUCACAGGCCUAUCAGGCCGAGCAAGGAAAUCACCCCCAGGCCCGCGGCUCAAUGAUGCCCAUGGCAUCUAACAGACCACCUUAUGAUGCAACGACUUCCUACGAGCGUGGUCCAUACACUGCUAUAACGCAAUCAUAUGCAGAUGCAGGCCAUCGAUCAUCCGCACCCUCGAAUGACGUACAAGGGCAAUCAGGACCAUGGCCACCACCAGGACUUCGAGAGACCUGGCUGAACAACCUAGAUACAAAAUUUGGAGGUGAUGAUGUUGCAGCUUUCGUGGCAGGUAACACUUGGCAGGAGUUCUCUGGUAUGGGCGGCUGGCUCGGAAAUGUUUUCAGCAGCGCACCACCCACGACCACAUCAAACAUGUAAGACCAUUGUAGGUAAAUUCUUGUAUUUGUACUAGGAAUCGGCAUAACACUGCUAUUGCAUGGCUGUAGGCGUUAAAAAGGAUCCGCGUGGACAUGAAAUCACGAUCGCAGGUUCCAAGGACGGCUGUUGGUAUGGUAAUAUGACCAUGGCGUAGACAAGCAUUGAAUGUAUGGUACACAGUAGACACAAAAGCGAGAAAAUGUUCUGCUCGUU